UCCCCUCCGCUAUGGGCACCCCGUACUUUUAAAGCCGGGGCGGCCGCCCUCUGCGCCGCCCCGGGGGGGGGGGCACAGUGAAUUAAUUAAAAAUCGCUAUUUCCGUGGUUAUUCAUUGCCCCGCUGCGGGCAUGUGAACAACCACCCCCUCCCCCUCAAACCCUCCCCCCCCCUCCCCAUCCACCCCCAGCGCCAUGCCGGCAGCUUGCACCCUGCUGCUGCUGCUGCUGGGGCUGGUCCCGCCGGCCGGGUCGCUGCCCCUCGCUUCCCCACGGCGUCUUCCUCCUCCUCCUCCUCCACCUCCUCCGUCCCGAAGCCGUCUCGGCCGCCCCUGCUCGCCUCCCGCCGCGGGACACGCCGGCAGCCCGGUCAUUGAAAGCAGCCAUCAGGCAAGAAGUUCAGACACGGAGAUAAGGACUUCUGGUCCUCUCAUGGACACCGUGGAGCUGGUGACGACGCUGGCCGGGAGCAGGGAGGGGGCAUUGCUGCCUGCCAGGCAUGGUGCGGUGCCGGCGGUGAGCGGGGUCACGGGACACGUUGGUCCCCCCACCGGCAGUGGGGAUGUCACCCCACCAGAAGCAGGACCCCCAGACAGCCCGUCUGCCAGGACAGCGACCCACCUGCCCGUCCGUCACCGUCCUCCCACCGCUGGAAGCCAUCACCAUGCUGCGGGCAGCCGGGAGAGAGGCAAGAGGGCUCUGGCUUCUCCCAGCACCCCUGCAACUUCCGAGAGGAUGCCGCCAGUUUGGGAAGCCGUCAGCACCGGUUCGACCGAGAGGAUGCUGAACGGGAGCCAUGGGGCCUGGGACAUGGUGGGGUUUGACAACGAGACGAGGACAGUGCUGCUGCCUUCAUCCGUGGAGACUCGUCACCUGGGCACCAGCGGCCCCUCUCGACCGGCGAGUGGCUGGGUGGGCACGGAGCCGCCUGGCAGCCCUCCCACGGGCACUGCAGCCACUUCACCCAGCCCCUCGGGGAGCGUCAGGGGGACGCUGCAGCUCCUCCCCACCACCCCCCUCCCUGGCUCUCCGGGGCAGUCCCAGUCCUCCCUGCAAGCUUCCAGUACCCAGACCGGUGCAAACCGCACCGUGCUACACCCCAGGGAUGUCACGGGGGACUCCACAAGCCCUUCGCUCACGGUAUUGCCUGCCACGGACAGUGCUUUUGGAGCUACUGGGAGCAGCAUCAGGGCUGCAAAAAACCUGAGGUCCGGUAUCCAAAGAACAGCACCUGGCUCCGUAGCUCAGCCCCUGGCCUCAGCACCCUCCUCGGUGGCCCCAGCAGAGGGACAUUUCCCCGGGCCCUCCACGGAGCACCAGCUCGCCCCUUCUCGCCCGGCUUUGGAAAGCACUGCCACGGCCAUUGGAAGCAGCUACCAGCCAUCCAACGUCUUGGCCACGGAGAGGAGAGUUUCGGAUUUCCCCACCACCAGCACCUCCGUUUCUACAACAGCCACCAAGGUUGGAGGGAGGACGUUAAGGUCUCUGCCAGCCAGCACCAGGCUGACCCAAACAACAGAGAUUUCCACCUCUGGUACUGAAAUCGCCAGUUCUUCAGACCAGACCCGGUCCCCUGGGAUGUCUGUGGCAGCCCAGGGUGGUGGCAGAGGUGCUGCAGACCCAUUGCUCAUGGGCUCGCCAUCUGCUUCGGAAAGUGCUUCCACGACCUUUAGCAGCAAUUACGAACCCAAGAGCAUCCCGGCUGCAGAAGAGGCGACGCUGUACUCGGACGCCCAUGGUGCUGACAAGCCCAGCGUGUCAGCGGGGGUACCAGGGUCCCCCUCUGAUGGCCACACAGCGGAGGUGACAGGGGGCUCUGCCACCAGCACCAAUCCCACCAGCACUUUGGGGGGGACCUCCUCUUCCUUGGGGACCGGGACACACCAUCCUAAUGACUCACGGGAAGCCACCGACCUCCCAGCGCCUCCCGGGGAGCCUUUGCUCACAAGCUCCCUCUCUGCCUCCAAAAGUACUUCCAGAGGUGUCAGGAGCAGCCACCAACCAGUUAACAGCUCAACAACAGAGAAAAUCCCCCUUGCUUCCUCUCCCACCAGCACUUUCAUUUCAGCCACGGCCAGCAGCAGCAGCGAGAGGUCCCCGAGGACUGCCAUGGGCAGCAGCCGAUGGGCAGCAGAAGUCUCCACGUCCAGUAGUGGCAUGUACGGGACCUCGGGCACGAUCCGAUCCUCGUCUGCGUCUUCUGUGAGAGACACCUAUGGAGUUCGUGGGUUCAGAGAAAUCAUAGAUUUCACCAAGCGGGUGGCAGACCCUUCGCUAACACAUUCUCACUCUCCUUCAGAAGGUCCUUCCCCAGCUACUGGAAGCAGCCAUGUGUCACUCAGCAUCCUGUCGACAGAGAGAAGAACCGAUUUCCCCACCACCAGCGCCUCUGUUUCCACAACAGCCACCAAGGGUGGAGGGAGGACAUUAAGGUCUCUGCCAGCCAGCACCAGGCUGACCCAAACAACAGAGAUUUCUGCCACUGGUACUGAAACCAUCAGCUCUCCAGACCAUACCCAGUCAUCUUUGGGAGCCCAGGCUGGUGAUGGCAGAGGUGCCACAGCGUUGUCCAUGGACCUGUUGCUCACAGGCUCACCGUCUGCUUUGGAAAGUGCUUCCCCAGCAGAAGGGACCUCAGCUACAGGAGGACGCCUACCCGAUGCUCCUCUCACCAGUACACCCAGCUCGGUGAUGGCCACCAGUGGUGGGGAGAGGAUCACAGUGCCCGUUUCAGACACCCUUGCAGCAUCCAACACAGCAGGGAGCUCCACUCCUGCUUCACCCCACACCAGGUCCUUGGACGUGGUCAUUCUGCCAUCCUCAUCGGCAACAGAGCCUGGGAGGCAGAGCAAUGUUUCGCAGAGCAGUGCUGGACUCGAUGAGCUCGCAACUAAGCCACUGCCUGCGUUUCCUCCUGGUGUUUCAGUGUCUUCGCCUUCACCAAGUGCUUCAGAGAGAGGAAGAAGAGUUUCUGGUGCUCCUACUGAGACCACAUACGUCUCAGCCACACUCUCCAGCCACGAAGAGGGGACGUCACAGGCUGCAGCUAACCGUGGCAUGUGGAGCACAGCAGCAGAAAGCCCCACGUCUCACUUGGACACAGCCGGGGAGCCCCGCACUGGUCCUCUCCCGUCCUCCACGACAUGGCCUGGACCAGGACACGUCUCAUCUGGUCGAGCAGGGUACCCAGAGCCCAAGGUCACUCUUUCAUCCAGGGUCUCCACCUAUUUCUCAGCCGCCAGUGAACCUGCCACUGUGGGCAGCAGCCAUCACUCCCUAAGCAGCUCAAGCGCCGGGGAGAGGAUGUCCAGCCCCAUCACUGAUCCUGCCUACAGUUCGUCCACGUCUGCUGGUGGUGGAGGGAGGACGCUGCACUCGGUGACAGGUGAUGUGCUGGCCGGUGGCAUGGAGACCUCCGCUUCCUAUGCCGAAAUCGCCAGCUCUCCAGAGCCAGCUCAGCCGGUGUCGGUGGAGCAGAGUGGGACAGCCAAUGUCUCGGCCGGCGGCAGUGGCUUUGCAGGCUUUGUGACAGAGACACUCUUCACACGUUCUUCCAAGACACCCACUUACUCGUCUUUCCAAAAUGAUCUCACAAGCUUUUCAAGUAGCCAUCAGCCAGUCAGUAGCAUUGAUGCUGAGAAAAGGACCUCGGUUUCUCAUACAGACGGCACAUACAUUUCAACCUCAUAUACCAGAGGAGGAGAAAGGACCCUCCUGUCUAUCUCGAAUAGCAGCACCUCUGCUGACUCCUCAGAAAGUUCUACCUUUUUUUCUGAAAUUUCCAAUCCUUCUGAUUCAUCCAAAUCGUCUGUGGCACAGGACAGGAGGAGCAACGUAUCCAGCGAUGGUGGUUUUGUUGAACCAUCUACAGAGCCGUUGCUGGUACACUCUUCCAAGCUGUUGACUUCUGCUUCUGCAGGCAGCGUACAAAAUACAACUCUCUUCAACACUGACUCUGAGUUGUUGACCACUGGCAGAUCAUCUCUAUCAUCAGCAUUUCCAGCCUCUUCCUCACUGUCAUCGCUGCAUCACUCGCUGUCAUCAACACCACCACCAACUUAUCUGUUUACAUCAUCAGAAUCAUCUGAGCCACUCUCAUCCUCUGUGAUGGCAUCUUCACCUCCUCUGCAGGCUUUGUCGUCCUCCUUGCCCACUUCCUCAUUGCUUUCCCCAUCUUAUUCAUUAGCAUCUUUAUUGCCUCUGUUUUCAUCACCAUCAUCUGUCUCGCAGUCCAAUGAUAGCGAUCAAGCAAGCACCUCUAUAGCUACGACUGUGGUCAGGCGGGUGCCCUCCACAGCCGCCGUGGCUGAGAGCUCGCCCAGAGAGACCAGCAAGCACAGUGUCACGCACCAGCCCCAUCACAGCACCACCUUCACAUCCACUGGGUCUCCUCUCCCUACGGGGCCCAUGGAGCAGCUUGGUGGACGCGUCGUGUCCGUGUCCGCUCCCGUAACAGUAACAGAGACUGCCUCGCCAAGUGCAGCCACCACCCAGGAGGGCAGCUUUGGGAAGGCAACGCCGCUGCUCACCACGGCCAGCAACUCCCCACAGACUAAACUGACAGAUGCACCUCUUAGUCCUUCACCAAGUGCAACAAACCACAGCAUCAUCAUCCCUGCAGUGGCACUGACCACAGUGAAACCUCCUGUGCUGACAACACCGGCCAGUCACUGGCCAACCCCAGGUGAUGCUAGCACCAUGAAAGCCCACAGAGCUCAAACGUCCACUGCCACUAAGCAUGUAUAUACCACUGUUGAAAGCAGAGAAGCUGUGGAUCCCACCACUGCAAGGCCUGGUAAAGUCACUGAGGAAAACAUCCCUGUUACAAGUCCUUCUGAAGCCCCUCCAACCAGCAAGACCACUGUGAGCAUUGCAACUACUUUGGCUGCUACCAAACCAACCACUGUUCCUCUGUCGAGUAGCACAAGUGGGCUGAAGAUGUCAUCUCCGGCAACAGAUGUGGAUAAAUGUCUUUCCAACCCUUGUCCUGCACUGGCCACCUGCAACAACACCCGUGGCUCCUAUAUCUGUCAGUGUCCUCUUGGAUACGAGCUGGAAAAAGGAAAGUGCAAUUUAGUAAGAAUAUUUAUCGGCCAGGUCCCCCUGAAACUUAAUAUUACCCAUGGGAAGUACACAGAGCUCCUCCACGUCGAGGGUGAAAUCCUGGGGAUGCUUGAUGCAUCGCUGUCGGGCUUGCCGGGGUACCACCACUCCACGGUUAAGGCGACCAGGGAUGCAAAUUUUGUGCAUGUUUCAGUGCAAUCCACGUUCUCUUUAGCAUCCAACGUGACUUUCUACGAUGUUGUCAGCAGCGUGAAAAGCUACAUUCGAGCUUGCAAAGCCCCCACAGAAGCCUGCCAGUUCAUCUCCAGCCUGAAACCACUCCACAGAGUUGGCAGCUUGUGCAAGCAGAAGGACCCCGAAUGCGACAAGGAAACUUCUGAAUGCACCGACUUCGAUGGGGUCGCGCUCUGCCAGUGCAAAAGUGGGUACUUCAAAUACAACAAGAUGGACCACUCCUGCAGAGCCUGUGAAGAUGGAUAUAAGCUGGAAAAUGAGACCUGUGUGAGCUGCCCGUUUGGCUUAGGUGGAUUCAACUGUGGAAACCCCUAUCAGCUCAUCACUGUGGUGAUCGCAGCUGCAGGAGGAGGACUUCUGCUUAUCAUGGGCAUAGCACUGAUUGUCACCUGCUGCCGAAAGAAUAAAAAUGACAUAAGUAAACUCAUUUUCAAGAGUGGAGAUUUCCAGAUGUCACCGUAUGCUGAAUAUCCCAAGAACCCCCGGGCACAGGAGUGGGGCAGAGAGACCAUCGAGAUGCAAGAGAACGGAAGCACCAAGAACCUGUUGCAGAUGACAGAUGUGUAUUAUUCGCCAACUGGACUGAGAAAUCCUGAACUGGAAAGAAACGGACUUUAUCCUCCCUACACUGGUUUGCCUGGAUCUCGACAUUCGUGCAUCUACCCGGGACAAUACAAUCCAUCCUUCAUUAGUGAUGAAACCAGAAGAAGAGACUACUUUUAGUGGGGAGCGGAGAGGGAGUGGAAGAUUGACACAGUUUUGUGGCCCUUGAUCCCCAGGUACAAUCUGUCUCCUGGGCAGUUCAGCCCACAUCAAUCUUACUCUUCCCAUUUAACAGGAAGGACUUUGAACUCCAUGCCGAGCAUUGCUGCCCUGAGGAACAGUUACAGCAGAGAGAAGGAGGAGGAGGAGGGAAUGGCUCAAGGUGCACAUCACUAAAAGACCCAGAUGGAAGUUAACACAUGUCCUCUGGAUUUGUUCUGUGCUGCUUCUUCACUCUUUACGCUACAUGGCAAGCAUGGAUCAGUACAGGCAGAUGAACUGUGCCCAGCACUCUGCAUUGAAUACACUAGGGAGUGUUUUGUUUACAGAUCUUGUUCACUGUUGACUAUGCUUGUCGUCUUAGCCAGCCUUCACGCAAAGAUUCACUGUGAAACUGCUUUUGGUAGGGCAAGUUUGUCCACUCCUUUUUCCAUUGCUGCAUUGCUUUCUGCUUUGUACACAACAGGGAAGCCAGCUGGUUCUCUGGCCCUCACCUUACUGGUAGAAGUUCUCCAGAUGGCUGGGUCCUUGCUGAAGCCUGGUGCCCGGCAACGUUGGCUGAAUUCAUGGGCUGAUUGUCUCCAAGGAGUACGGGAAAAUUAGUCAUACCACUGCAGUUCUAACUGAAAAAAAACCAAAACAGUUGAUCCUAUGAGCCAGUUUGAAAGCUUCCUCUAUAUGGGGAAGAGUCUGAGUAUGUUGCUUUGUCAACCAGCAUUGUUCAGAAGUGAUGCCACUACACGUCAUCAUAGCACUUCUGUAUAGGAUCUUUUAGGGCUCUGUUUCCCUGCAGGGAUUUAAACUCCUGUAGAAACAGGAAUGUAAUGUUAGAUAGUCGCUUACAGGGAAGAAAAACAUGAGCUGGGAAUUCAGCUUCCCACAUGCCUUAAGGAAUAAGGCAUGUGGGAAGGAGCAAUAAUGCUAUAGCCCUGGCUGGGCAGGUGGAACAUGAAUUUUGGGCACCACAGGUGGGACAUAGUUUUCAAGCCUCCACAGCCCACCUUGACUUCAGUAGGAGCUGUGGAGGCUUUCAGUACAUUAGAAAACAAGGCUCACUGCAGUCAGUUGCAUUUAAAGGAGAGAAAAACAUGAUGCUUUCAAUCCUAGCGAACAAAGUUCACCUAUAUUGAAGUGUUUUGCUUUCUUCCAUCCCAGUUUCAAGUGUUUCAGACUAGGUGGGUUUCCUCACCUAGAUAUGUUAAUUCAUAUUAAUCACCUCGGAAAAAGCUGAUGAAUGUAAGUUAUUACAUUUCUCACCAAAGAUCAGAUUGAAAGCUCAUGAACUGUAUUCUGACCUGAGCUGGGUGUUGAGAGAGAGAUCUUAUUAAUGAAUUUAUUUACUGCUUAUCUUUACUGCAGUGUUAACCUGAGUCAUCCAAACCCUGUCCAGAUACAGGGUCCAGAUGCGGAUCCUUCCCCCUGAAUGUGACUGUGCUUUUAAUUCAAGGUGGCUGCUUGUAUGAGGGUAACAAAUAGCACAAUUCCUUAGCCAUUAACCCACCAUCUCUGUAGCGCGUACAUAAGCUACUUUCACUGAGGGGCACAUACCCUCUGAUAUUCCCUUCUCCCCUGCAAUGCUUGAAUAGACACAGUGCCUACAAGUAAGUUCAUACGUAGCUCAGCUCACUGAAGCACUAAGGACCGUGGGAUGUGUCCCCCAAAGUGCCUAACUCCAAGUGAGAAUGGCAGUUCAGAUGCUGAUGUGUUGUGUAGUUGCUCGCCAGAGGCAAACCUGGGGUGAUGAGGAACCCUCCAUCAGGGAGCAGCUAGUAGUCCUUGUGUCCUAUAAAUGCUGCGAGUCCCCAGCUCCUUUCCUAGCACUUCGAAGGCUGUUGUAGUCCCUAUGAAAAGUGAGGAACAGCUACCCAGAGGAAGGGCAGCUAGCACUAGGCAGUCAUCAGCUGCAUGGGCUGAGAGGUUUCUGGCCAGGAAAGGCACCACAAAUGUGCUUGAGAGCACACAGUUUGGUGCAAACGCAGUGUCUUUUUAUGCCUCGCUCCUUAUCUACUGUGCAGAAACAGCAGCAUGGGCUUGCAGAAAAACAGAACUUUAUGGAUGCCUCGGGAAGUAUCCUUUACACUUAUAUGAUUUUAUAAUGAUGAUGCAAGCAACUUUGUGAUUGUCUGAUCCAUAAUCAGCCUUCCUCCCCUCAACUGUAAGGAGGAAAUGAAUGGAUGCUCAUGGGAAACACAGCUGCCUAAGGAGCUAUAUUUAAGGAAAACUCUAGCUACAGUAUGCAAAAUAGGCUAACAGGUAAAGCACAGGAACUGGCUGUUCCCUGACACGCUGAUCAGUGUUUCCAGUCCAUGAAUGAUGUUCUUCUCCCUUUCGUUAGCAGCCAAUAGCUUAAUUGCUCAGGAUCCAUUGGGUGAUGUGAACUCAGGGCUCGACUCUGCUGUGCUGUGGGAUCCUUCAAAGCGGACAUUGGCAGGGUCGUUUCUGUGCGGGUGAGCGGCCUCUGGUUUUGAGAGUGCCUAGGACAGAAAGGACUGCCUUUCCCAUGGUAGGCAGGAAGGUUUUGUCUGUGUUAUAAAAGAAAGGGGGAAGCUGGGAUUCAUGCUAAAUUUAAAUCCAAAGCAUAUAGACGAGCGCUCGGCUCUGUCCCUGUUUAGUAAAGCAGCUUAGCAAAAAGGAAGAGUGUCCCAGCAAUGAUGGUAGGAUUUAACCACGUGCCAGCAUUUUGUCAGAUAGGGAAGAGUUUAGGCACAUGCUUAUAGGCAAAUAUAUUUAAUUGUUUGGUUAGUUCAAGGACUGAGAAAUGUUCCUGUGUGUGCCAAGUACGAGGGACAAAGUAGGAAAUAUCAUCUCACAAUUGCAGAUCAAUCCUUCUAUAUAAAGAGUAACACGGACUAUAUGAACAAACUUCCUGGUCUGUAUCUCACAGCAAAUUGCAAGUUGCAAGGGAUUUGAGUGGAAAUGAAAUAGGACUGUUCCUAAUUGAGAUCACACAAAAGUUUGCAAGUAAUUAAUUUUAAUUUCUUAAUGAUCUUCAAAUUCUUCUUAAUGCUGUGUCUGGAGUGAAAGGGUCUCAGUAAACCCAGCAGGAUUUUCUGAGUGAGGACUGCAAGACUUGGCCUUUUUCAAAAGAGAGAACUUUAUUGCACUGAAAUUUUCUCUCUGCCAGAGCAGGUAAACAUUGGAUACAUUCUCAUAAGAAAUUUCCCAUUGCAGCCUGACCUUCCUUUUAGUGUUGGUAAGAAAAGAGUCACAGAGCCAAUGCAUAGUCCACAGGAGGAGGAAAAGGGUCUCUCCUGACCUGCAGCUCCUUCUCUGGGUGUCCUAGGAGGCCCUGCUCAGCGGGCAGGAGAGGAUUUAGGCAGAUAUCAGCACCGGGGUGGGUGCAGGUGCUUUCCCACCCAGUGAUCCGGGAAGUCUUUGCAGAGCUGGCAGAUGCAGCUCCGGGGUGAUUCAGCCCCUGGCUCUCCACCAGCCCAGCUGCUCCCUGUGCUGCAAUGCUUCCGUCUUCACCCAAGCCCCACCAGUGCCCAGCUCCACUAGGGCAGAAGGGGUGGGUGCAGUGCACUGUGUUUUGCCGUAGUUUACGACAGUUGUUUUACUGCAAUUAUUUACUACCACAUCCCAGAAGCAAUGGGAUUGCCUGGCUGUGGCAGGGAUGUGACCUGUUUUUGUGCACAUCACUUCUGUUAAAGCUGCCACCGGGAUCUUCUCUGUCUGCUUCAAUCUCUGCCAUAAACUAAACACCCUCUGGCAGUGGAGCGGGGUUUGUUGCUCCUGUCGGAUGUGAGAGGGUCUUCACGUACUCUCAAGCUCACUUUCAAAUGCAGAUGCCUCACUGUUCAGUACCUAACUCCCCAUCACAUGUCUAAAUAAAUGCAACUUAUUUUUCAGACUAUUUAGAUUACUUUUAGCUACCCCAAAUUGCAAAUUUUGAGCAAACUGGAUGUUUUUGCCAAUGGGAAUUGCUCUGUACUGUCCAAGAGGAUAAGAUAGAAGUGGCAUGUUUCUUGUAAGGAGGAUGCAAGUGGUUCAGCCAGAUGUGGGGAAAGGAAGAAAAUCUACACCAACACUGCACAGAAAUCUGCUCUUGCCCCUGGCUGCUGUGGAAAGCUAGGGGAGCAUUCGGCAAGGGUCCGCGGGCAGUUGUGUGGGUGUAUUUUUGAUUAACUUUGGAAAAAAAUUCUAUUGCUUGACAGGAAAAGAUGUGGGAUGCACACGUUUGCUGCUAUGGCGCACUUCCAAUUGCGCUGACAAAACCCCCUCACCCACAGAAAUACCCCCGGCAGCCAGCCUAGGAGAGGCAGCUCCAGUGAACAGAGCAGCAAAACGCAGAUUUGAGGGAUCAUUCAAAAGGGACACUCGUAUGCGUAACCCUCCUGUGUCCCUGCCGUGCACCGCUGAUCGCCCUGACCAGCCCUGCCAGCUACACUGGAAAAAUCCGGGGCCUUUUGCAUACUGGUGAAACCUCACAGCACUGAAUUGGGCUAUAUGAGAUAAAACCAGGACAGGGGCAUUUUGAUGCCCUUUGCCCUCCACAUUUAAAGUGUUAGGUAACAGAGCAGCAAUGAAUCUCAUUGCUGUUGCGGCAUUUCCCAUAAGUCGCGCUGUCACGGUCAUGUACUGAGUCACUCCUUGUGACCAGCUGCCUAACAGGCAUUUGCCUCCACACUGAGCAGUAGUAAAAGGCUUUAAAAAUAGCAAUAAAUUGCAGUUAGAGAGAGGUGUUUGUGGAAUUGUUUGUGCCAAUAAUUGUAAAGGUGGUUUGCUGGGACCUGAGUGAGCAGCAGAGCAGGUUUGGACAUCGCUGCAGACACGCCAAGUGCUUCCCCAGGGCUUGUCUCUAAUGCUGGUCAAUGGCCGUGUCUGUUCCAAAUCCAGCUGGACUUCUCAUUCCCUCAUAGUGAUGUUUAAUCUUUAGUUUUCUUCCUUAAACUAACAAGAACGGAUGCAUUUUACUUAAAUGCUUUUCCUAUGCUGACUAAUGUUUUUUCCUCUUUACACACAAAGGACCUAAUCCAGCAUCCAUUCUAGUGACCAGGGUAACUCUCCCAUGGACUGUCACAAAGUUUUUUUUUUAGGCCUGAAUUACUCCAUCACCAGGGUCACCUAUGUGUAGUACACGCUUUCCUGUGGCUUUGUGUUCUGCCUAUUUCUGUGAUACUGUUGCUGCCUUUCCAUGUUGUAUUUAUUUUUUAAAAGUAUACUUAUUACUGUAGCAGGACCUGUAUUACAUGAGAUGAUUGAACAAAACAGGUUCGAGGUCUGAAACACCUUCCUGAGAAGAGAAUGAAUGUGAAUUUUGCGAAGCUGUUUUACUGAUAAGCCAACCUGUUUCCUAUCGUGUAAGAUCUUCUAGGGACGCAGAGGUGCUCUCUGCAUUCACAGAUAAGAACUACUCGUCAGUUCACUCUUACUUGUCCCUUCAGAAAUGAAGCAAGAUCUCCUGGUUUCAAAAGGGGUAUGCACUGUGUGCUUGUAAGGUUUUGGGAGCUUUGCAAUGUGUAUUUAACUCUUUGUUCCUUUGAACUGCUGAAAUUGAAAAGCAGGACAGAAAUCCAUGAGUUUAGUAUCCUUGUUGAGGGAAAAACUAGAGAGGGUGCCUGAUGCUCACCAGAAGUAGUAUAUAAAUGCUAAGUUCUCUGGUCUUUAUUCUGGUAAAAUGCUAGAAGGGAUAGGAGUCUUGCUUGGGUUAAUGACCGCAGCAGUCGUCUCCCAUAUCUGCAAAAUCCUAGAUGGAAAAGUCCUGUGGAAUAUAGUAAAAACUGAUCACUUCCAUUGAACAAUGCCAUAGAAUUCACCUGACAUAAAAGGUUUCCACUAAAAUCUACUAGGAUGGGUUUACUUUAAAGAAAAACACCCCACCACACAACAGAAUAAAUAUUUAAUAGUUUCUUUUUAAAAAAAGGAAAUUCUGUUAAAUUCAGUCAUUUUGUUUAAGCCCUGUUAAAUUCUACAGGACUUUCUCCUAAUAGAAGGUCAAACUUGGUGUGUAAAAUCAUAAGGGUUUAUUUGAGCAGCUUUCAGAAUUGCUGUAGUAAAGCUUGUGAGCUCUGUUUCAAAAGGUAAAUUUUCAGCAUUUGUUUGUGCUUCAUUUAUCAACCUGAAUGUAAACCUGCUUUAUGUUCUUGACAUUGCCCUGUUUCCUUCCCUGUAUCUCUGAAUGUUUGCUUCCAAGUCGCCGGGGUUCUGAGGACAGUUUCCAAACCAGUAUUAUUUAAAGUUGUAUCAUAUUUUCAGUCUCCACUAAUUAUACAGUACUGUAGUAGCAAAAUGUAAUUUUUAAGGGUUGGAUUAUUUUUAUACCUGCAUCCAAUAUUAUUAAAUCUGGCGUUCUAGUCAGUAUUAUAAAAGGAUACAAUAAAACUAUGAAUAUUA